GCAUAAUACGUCAAGCCAUAAGUUCUUUGCUGUUUCUGGGGUUAUAUUACAGUUAUACCGAACACUAUCGUGCUUCUAAAAUACCGUACAAUGGAUAAGUUUGUCAUUAAGAAGCGAAGACAGGAAGUUAGUGGUGAGGAAGAAAGGGACGAAAGUGGAUGUGUGAGUCAAAAGGAUUUGGCCAUUCCAACAAGUAAAUGAACUUCAAAAAAAGGCAAGAAAAAUCGCUCCUACUCGAAUAAUUAUUUAAGUUUCGGAUUCUUCUGGUGUGGUGAUGAAGUUACUCCUAUGCCAUUGUACGUUAUUUGUGGUGAUAAAUUAGCUAAUGAAGCAAUGGUACCCAGCAAAUUAAAGAGGCAUUUAACUCUAAAACAUAAUCAUCUUGCUAACAAGCCUCGGUCUUACUUUGAAGGACUUUUAAGUGAGCAAAAACAACAGUGUGAUGCUUUCCAAGAAAGUCAAAGUUUCUGAUAAAGCACAAGAGGCCACUUACUUAGUAGCAGAGUUAGUUGUUAAAAGCAUGAAACCUCAUACAAUAGCAGAGACUGUGAUUCUCCCUGGAUGUAGUGCCUAGUAAAUACAAUGUUUGGAAGUGAAGCAGAAAAAGAAGUGAGGAAAAUUCCCGUUUCGGAUAGUACCAUUAGCAGACGGAUUCAUGAUAUGUCAGCAGACAUAGAGGAAACUGUUUACCUCUGUGAAGGAAAGUGAAAUGUUUGCACUUCAGGUAGAUGAGUCCACAGACAUUGGAGGUAUGGCUCAAUUACUGGUAUUCGGUCGGUACAUUCAUGAUGUUAAAAUAGUGAACCAGUUUCUUUUGUUGUAAAGAACUUAAGGAAACUACAACAGGCAAUGAUAUUUUCUCUACAUUAAGUGAGUACUUAAAAUCUGUUGGUUUGUCCUGGCAGUCGUGUGUGGGGAUUUGUACAGAUGGGGCACCUGCCAUGAUUGGCUCAAUUAAAGGAUUUGUGUCAUUAGUGAAGAAAGAAAACAGCAGUGUGAUAACAGCACAUUGCUUUCUUCAUCGUGAAGCGCUGGUUGCAAAAACAGUCAGCAAUGAUUUAAAACCUGUACUGGAAAAAGUUGUCAAAAUGGUGAACAUUAUAAAAAGUCGACAGCUGAAGUCUCGUCUGUUUGCUAAGCUAUGUGAAGAGCUUGAAGCAGAACAUUUGAAUCUUCUUCUACAUACGGAAGUAAGAUGGCUGUCCAGAGGGAAAGUAUUGUCACGAGUAUGCGAGCUGAAGGAAGAAAUGUUUACUUUUUCACUCUUGAACAACAAGAGGAAUUCUGUGAUUUACUGGCAGAUGACACUUUGUGUGCAAAAUUUUCUUAUUUAACUGACAUCUUUGAACUUUUAAACAAGGUAAAUGCCAGCAUGCAAAGAAAAUCAGAAAAUAUUUUAUCUUCCACUGAUAAAAUUAAAACUCUGAAAGAAAAACUGCAACUGUGGGGUGGCAAAGUAAAACAGGACAAUUUGGACAUGUUCUCACAAGUUGCAGUAGCAGCAAACAGUGGUGAGAUAAUAUCCAUUAUUUCUGAGCAUCUUGCAGUACUGGAAAAAGAACUUCAGCAUUAUUUCCCAGAUAUAUGUACUGAAAACAAUGACUGGAUAAGAAACCCAUUUGUUGCAUCUGUAUCAACCCAAUCUCAGCUUACCCUCAUGGAAGAAGAGCAGUUAGUGGAAAUGCGCAAUGAUCGUGGUCUAAAGUUAUUGCACAUGCAGCUUACUCUUGACGAAUUCUGGGUUCAGAUUAAGACUAAGUAUCCUCAUGUUGCCAAAAAGUUCUGGUAAUGUUAAUCCAGUUCUCUACUUCUUACCUAUGUGAGUUGGGGUUUUCUGCUCUAGCAAACAUUAAAACUAACAAAAGGGAAAGGCUGAAAACUCUUGAAGAGGAAAUGAGAGUAUGUUUGUCCACCAUUCAACCCAAUUUGAAACGGAUCUGUCAGUCACAUCAAGCACACACAUCUCACUAAAUUAGGUGGUUUUUUUUUUCUUUGCUUAAAGGGACGCGAAUCCAAGAAGAAGAAAAAUGUUUCGGUAGUUGAGUGGUGGGAAGUUCGACGACCAACAGGACGCUCGACGCUGGGAGUUGAUACGGGGGAGUACUAUUCAUUGGCUCCGGUAAAAGAAGCCAGAUUUCCAACUGAGAUAAAGAAGAAGAACAGGCGCCUGCGUGACGGCUUUUGUUGUGGAGUGUGACAUGGAGGACCAAGAUGGCGGGAGACUGGACACUGGCCGUCACUGGAAGACGUCCCGCUCCUGGAGUCGUUUGGCCGAGUUUCUGUUUUUUUGUGUGGUGUUGUUGGCGAAUGCCCCGCGUGCGGUCGACUCACAAGGGGCUAUGAAAAGCGUCGUUCGCUUCCAGGCGAAUGGAAUAGCCCGGACGGACACGCUGCUCAGGUACCGAAAGAAAGUCCCCGCGAUGAGGGGCUUCACGGUCUGCUUCAGAAUCAGGCUCCUGCAGGCGAGGGACGAGGACGCCGUCUUCUCCUACGCUGUGGAGGACGAGGCCAACGAGAUCUACCUUGGUCUCAAUUUCAAGAAGCAGAUAUUCAUCCUCGCCUGCUGCAGCAACCCUGUCUAUGAAGAACUGGCCUUAUCCAUAGACUUGAAGCAGUGGCUCUCCGUAUGUGUGGCUCUCGAUCUGGACGACAAAAUCUGGCACUUAUCCGCCGGUGGAUUGACAUCAUCUGGCAAGGUAAAAAUCGGUAGAGACGAUGGUUUCGCGGUGCGGGAAGGUGGUCUGCUACUCUUAGGCCAAGAUCAGGACAUCCUCGAUGGUGGGCUGAACAAAUUCCAGAGCCUCCACGCUGACCUGUCUGACUUGAGAUUUUAUGACUAUGUCCUUCCGGAAUCGGUGAUGAAAUCUUAUACGGAAUGCAGCAUCCACAUCAAUGUUGUGCCGAAGAUUGGCUUUCAAGACUUAGAGAAAGACUUUGACCUCUUAAAUGUAGAUUUGUUCGAAAGCUACGAAGGGUCCUUCUGCAGCAAAGACAACAAUUUCACGAUAGUUCUUCCAGAGCCUCGUACCUUCAAGGACAGUGCCCUGGUGUGCCACACAUCUGGAGGAACGCUGUCUGUACCCUACACCUCAGCAGACAAACGAAAACUAUACGAAACUGCUGAACCUUAUGAUAGCAGGUGUAGUGAGAGUACAAUAGAUAGUUUUUGGCUUGGAGUGAGAGGCGACCCAGAAACUCAGGAAUGGCGUCAUUACUACUCAAAUACCCCGUUGUCAUAUACCAAUUUCGCUUACGGAUCUGGAUUAAACAUCUCACAAGAAUCCAACUGUGUAUCCUUCGUAGCCAGUGCAAACACAGUUGAAUCAAGACACGGCAUCUGGUUCUCAAUGAACUGCUUUGAAGAGCGUUGUGCCAUAUGCCACUUCAACAAAGUGGAAGUUCUUCACGCCAGGGGACUGUGUGUGGAGUCUGAAUUUGACCGCGAUUACUUCCUGAGCUUUGAAAAUAACAGCAUUUCUUUUUCAGGAGUCUAUUACUCACAAAUUGUGAAAAAUCCCGCCGUUACCGAUCCAGUGACUGGUAUCACAAGUUACGGUUCGUGGACUUUGUUUCGACUUGACAAACCUGAUAUUCAGGCGACGCUGGAGAUGACGUCACCAACUGACUACCCAAUCGGGUUCAACACCUGGAUUGUCAAGAAUGACAGAUGUGGUCAAUAUAAUAUGACGCUCGUCCUGACAUCUUGUGGUUUCGGAACAGUUUUCUUGCAAUGAUGGAGCCUGUGUGAAAAUCGAGGAAAGAUGUAAUCUCGCAACAGAUUGCCCUGAUGGCUCUGACGAGCUCAACUGCAACUUCCUAGAACUGGAUAGUUCCUACGACGCCUCAGAUUCCCCAUCAAGGGAGGAAGACGAGCCAGUGCAGGUCCUAUUUGAAAUGAACAUCCUUUCCAUCAGAAAAAUCGACAUAGCCAACUUCAAUUUCGUUACUGAGGUACAGAUUAUUCUGGAGUGGGUUGAUGAACGUUUGGUGUUCAAGCACCUUAACAAAGAUAUCGAGCUGAAUGCGAUCUCAAACUUCAUUCCAUGGUUGCCAGAACUGGAAUUCUUGGGAGAUGGAAUGGCUAUGAGUGAAGUACAGCUUAGGAGGUCAAGACUGACGGUAAAUCGCCAGUCGGAUCCGUUACCUGACAAUGAUCAAGAAGUGCAAGAAGCGUUGGUGUUUGAGGGUAAGAAGAAUCCUCUUAUACUGAAGAGAAAGUUGACCAUAACGACGACGUGUCAGUUCGACCUAGGAGCUUUCCCGUUUGACACUCAGGUGUGCACUAUGAUUACCAGGCUUUCUAAGGUGACGAAGGAGUACGUCAAGCUGGAACCUCUCGGGAGGGGAGUGCACUUCCUGGGAGUUCGACGAGGACUGGAAUACCAGCUGGAAUCUGAGGUCAUGAUCAGGAAGAACGAUGGCAACUACAGCGGCGUUGAGGUGAAACUGACCUUUUACAGCCUCUCCAUGUUCUACAUCUUCUCGACCUAUCUUCCCACACUCAUUAUCGUCAUCAUCGUCUAUUCCAUACUGUUCUACCCACUCACUGCCUUUGAGGAGAGAAUAAAUGUUGGACUGACUGGCCUUCUGGUCGAAGCUACCCUCUUUUCUCAGGUCAGCAGCUCCAUCCCCAGAACGGCCUACCUGAAAUUGGUUGACGUGUGGUUCGUCUAUUGCGUCAUAAGCUUGUUUGCAGUCUGUGUCGUAAUUGUUGUGAUCCAGUAUUUGCAUACGGAAGUGGGCGACAUCAAUUCGAAAAAGAGCGCUAACAACGGACUCAUGAGAAUGAACAAGUUCGACCAGGCGGUGCUGAACCGCUUGCGAGCCGUGAAGGUGAACUACAUCUGCCGUAUCGUCUACCCAGUGAUCUCUGCGAUUUUCCUCAUCGCCUACGCCGUCAUCGGCUACAAGAAGAGCGAUCGGGGCAAGGAACUUUAUUUUGCAAAUGCGUUCACUGGCGAAGAGUCACUGGGAAAUUAGUUCCAACGGAGUGUGGGAACCCCAGUGCUCAUACGAACGGAAGUCAUAAAAUUUCUUGAAAACAUUGAUUCGCUGAUUUUUCAUGAAAAAAAAAACUCUUUUGGAUAGGGUUUUCCACAUGAUUUCUAUGAAUAUAGCCAGGGGCCUUUCUCUCUCCAAUGAUAUUAGUUGGGCCAUGUCUAGUGAGCCCUUAAUGAAAAUUUGUGUUGAGUAGCGGCGUUUAGUACUGUAAGCAACCUAAAUCGAAGUCGUAGUCUUGUCCAUCUUCACGGAUGUGAUGUAAACAUAACCAAUACUAAUGUCAGAAAGACCGUCCAACAAUACAAGGUAACAUAAGCCUAUGCUGGAGACCGCAAAUCGUCAAUCCAACGAAUAGAAGA